AACAAUCCACUGAGAGGAGCAGCAUUAUUGAUGUUGAGUUCAGCAGAGGUGGGGCCUCCAAUCCAUCUGCCUUAAGGCAGAUAGAACAGAUAUUCAACGAAUUCUGAGGUUUCGCACUGUAAUUGGGAUAUUAUUUGGAAAAGUGGAGGAAGUUUAUCAAGCUUUUAACAGAAGGUCUCUUGGUUGGAGUAGCACGGUGGAGAACUAGCCCUCUGGCUAACCGUUUCACUGGAGGUACUGAGACCAAACAUGGCUGGCUAGACGACUGUUUGAGGUCCUGCUCUAAAUGACUUAAGCCUGGGAAGAGCCACCCAGUACCCUUUCUGAUUGGACUGGGAAGUUUGUCUUCACACACCACUGUGCUGAGUGCUGGAGGACGUGUUUCAACAGAUGGUCGGGGUUAGUGUGUGUCAUCACAUUGGAGAAUGGAUUAGAGGAGGAAGGUUGUCUUCCAGGAGCAGUGUGGUCCCCACAAAUACUCUGAGGAGCUCAAGAGCGAGCAACCCACAGCAAGAGAGAUCCACUCCAUGAGCAAGACUGACAUCCAGAUUGCGUUGUGAGGAUUCCAGCCUUCUGAUUCCUGUUCACACUCCCCGGUUUGCAGUCCCAUGAUGCAGCUGGUGAGCCUGGCCUGGAUGAUGGUCCUGGCCACCCCACUGGUCUGCUUUGGUUUCACCACACGUGGUCAGGGCCUGCGUGGGCGGGUUCAAGGUGACCGACGAAACAUCAGACCCAACAUCAUACUCAUCAUGACAGAUGACCAGGAUGUGGAGUUGGGCUCAUUGCAGGUGAUGAAUAAAACUCGCAAGAUCAUGGAGGACGGUGGAACCUCAUUUACAAAUGCGUUUGUAACUACGCCCAUGUGCUGUCCAUCACGCUCUUCCAUGCUGACUGGGAAGUAUGUCCACAACCACAACACGUACACCAACAACGAAAACUGUUCCUCACCUUCCUGGCAAGCUCAGCAUGAGCCGCGCUCCUUUGCCGUUUAUCUCAACAACACUGGAUACAGGACAGCUUUCUUUGGGAAGUACCUCAAUGAGUACAACGGCAGCUACAUCCCACCUGGGUGGCGCGAAUGGGUGGGGCUGAUCAAAAAUUCCCGUUUCUAUAAUUACACCGUCUGUCGGAAUGGGAACAAGGAGAAGCACGGCGCGGAUUAUGCCAUGGACUACUUCACUGAUCUGAUUACCAACGACAGCAUCAGCUAUUUCCGAAUGUCCAAGCGCAUGUACCCGCAUCGGCCGGUGAUGAUGGUGAUCAGUCAUGCAGCGCCUCAUGGCCCGGAGGAUUCAGCACCCCAGUACUCCGAGCUCUUCCCAAACGCUUCCCAGCACAUAACUCCCAGCUAUAACUACGCACCAAACAUGGAUAAGCACUGGAUCAUGCAGUACACCGGCCCGAUGAAGCCGAUUCACAUGGAGUUCACCAACUACCUGCACAGGAAGAGGCUCCAGACGCUGAUGUCUGUAGAUGACUCUGUGGAAAAGAUAUAUAAUGUCCUGGUCGAUACGGGGGAGCUGGAUAAUACCUAUAUCAUUUACACAGCUGAUCAUGGUUACCACAUUGGCCAGUUUGGCCUGGUCAAGGGGAAGUCUAUGCCCUAUGAUUUUGACAUCAGAGUACCGUUUUUUGUCAGAGGUCCUGAUGUGGAACCAGGGGCAAGGAACAACCAUCUUGUGCUAAACAUUGAUCUCGCACCCACAAUCCUGGACAUAGCUGGCCUGGACACUCCUCCUGAUAUGGAUGGCAGAUCUGUCCUGAAGCUUCUGGAGCAGGAAAAGAAUGGGAAUAGAUUCAAGCCCAACCGGAAACCCAAAGUCUGGCGGGACACAUUCCUCGUGGAGCGGGGCAAAAUCCUGCGCAAGAAAGAUGACUCAGGAGGCAACUUGGACACACAACACUCCAACAGCUUACCCAAGUACAAGAAGCUGGAGGAGGUGUGUCAGCAGGCAGAGUAUCAGACGCCCUGCGAACAACCAGGACAGAAAUGGCACUGUGUGGAGGAGGUCAGUGGGAAGUGGCGUUUGCAGAAGUGUAAGGGCUCUCUGAAGGAAGGAUCCAAGAAGAGGGCGAGGAGUCUGCGCUCUCGAAGCUACGACAGCCGCGAGAAAAACUGCCACUGCGGAGACCGGCCUUACAAAUCUGCCAAGGCAGCACGGCGGGCGCAGAGACAGUUUGCCCAGAGCAGUAAUCCACGCUACAGACCUCGCUUUGUUCACAUGCGGCCAGCCAGAUCCCUGUCCGUAGAGUUCGAGGGUGAAAUCUAUAAUGUGGACCUGCAGGCUGAUGACAAAACCCCCCUUGAGCCCCGACCAAUCAGCAAACGGCACCAUGACCCUGAGGGAGGUUUUGAUUCAGACUUUGGGCUGGAGUCCGAUGACAGAUCGGAGGAGAUGCAGUCAGAUGACACUAAUGCUGUGGGAUACUCCAAUUCUCUUAAAGUCACCCAUAAAUGUUUCAUAUUAAUGAAUGACAGUGUGCACUGUGAAAGAGAGAUUUACCAGUCCUCCAGAGCAUGGAAAGACCACAAGAACUUUGUGGACCAAGAGAUUGAACUUCUCCAGGAUAAAAUGAAGAAACUGCGUGAGGUCAGAGGCCAUUUAAAGAGGAGGAGACCGGAUGAGUGUGACUGUGGAAAGAAGAGCUACUUUAGCAAAGAGAGAGAGCAGAAACACAAACCCGAAAGAUUGAAGAAUAGUAAUGACUAUCUCCAUCCCUUUAAAGAUGUCAUGCAGGAAGUGGACAGCAAGACUCAACUCUACAACGAAAUCCGCCGCAGAAAGAAAGAGAGGAAGGAGAGGAAGAGGAAAAAGAAGGGUGAUGACUGCAGUUUUCCUGGCCUCACCUGCUUCACACAUAAUAAUGACCACUGGCAGACCGCCCCCUUCUGGAACUUGGGUGGCUUCUGUGCCUGCACAAGCUCUAACAACAACACAUACUGGUGUCUGAGAACGAUCAAUGAAACCCACAACACACUCUUCUGUGAAUUUGCCACUGGUUUCCUGGAGUACUUUGACCUAAACAGUGACCCAUACCAGUUAACCAACGCAGUUUAUACAGUGGAGAGGGACGUCCUGAGCCAACUGCAUUUACAGCUGAUGGAGAUGAGGAGCUGUCAGGGCCACAAGCAGUGCAACCCGAGGCCAAAAGGCUUAGAUGCAGGAAGUAAAGAUGGAGGAAGCUAUGAUCAACACAGGCAACAGCAGCAUCGAAAAUGGUCAAAGUUGAGGAGGCCAAGCCUUUCAUUCCUAACACAGCCAGCCUGGGACGUCCACAAAGGUUAAGCUGCCCAAUUUCACAGAGGACAUCGACUGGCAGGGACUGGCAGAUUUGUACUGCAUGAACGAGAGUCUGUACGAACACAGACACAACUACAGUCCCGACCUGGAUGACUGGACAAACUUUUGGAAGGAUGUCGAUUCUAUGUUUGCACUGCUGAGAAAUUUAAAGACACUCAACCAAACCGAUAAGCUUGACCCUCUGGCUGAGCUGGGCUCCGGGGUCCUGGAGGAGGCCAGCGGUGCUGGAUUCCCGAUUCGAGAGGAACGCCCCCUGAUUCCUGUCACCGAAGGUCCCUCGAGAGGUCCAACAACCAAAACUCUUCAGAAGAGUAAUUUAAAGUCUCCUAAUGAACUCCCAGAAGGCCGCCAAAUCAAACCGAGCGCUCUUCCCAGGGGAGACACCUGGAUUCAACAACUGGAAAAAGAGUUGGACAAUGAUGGAAUGACGUUUAGCGGCAACGGCGUCACUGAACUGGAGACCCGCCAUGACUUUCUGUUGCGCAGCUCUAAAAUUCUGGAUCGCCAACUGCUGGAAGAAGAGGAGGACAUUUUUCAGGCCCAGGGUUACCUUCCCCUCUUGUUGCAGCCAGCUAGACCCCCAGAGCCCACUGGGGAAACUCCUCCAGCCCAGAGUGACAGCCCACUGGAGAAGUGGAAUGGAAGCAUCAGACCUUUUACCCACAAGCCCAGUGAUGUUCAAGACUCGGAGGGAAGCGCCUCGGGAGCAUCCCCUUUGAGAAAGGACUGCUGCCCUGCACUGUGAAGCCAGCCAACUCAGAGACACUAACCCCACGGAGCAUGGACUGCUCUCCUGUAUAAUCCAAUCAAUUAUUUUAUUUUUUAAAAGUGCUUCCAUUUAUUAGAAAUCAGUGUUAUGUAUUUUGUCUAUAUAUAUAUAUAAAAAUGUAGAGGUAAAGUAUCGGAUGCAUCUUAAAUGUUGGGUUUGGUUUUAAAUCUCAAGUGGGAAAACGCCACCAAAGUAAGGUUUUAAUAUAUUUUUAAGUAAAAGAAAACGGUUCAAAUGGUGAAACAGUCUCAUUCAGUCUUGAAUUAACCACAUGCAGAUUGUUUCCCCAGAUGUUUGAUGCACUUUUUAAAGUUUCUCGAAUUCAACACAUCCUGGCAGUCUCAUUUAGAUGUAAACAACUCCACGGUGACACCCAGGACACAACAUAAGUCAUUAUUUGUUGGAUACACUUUUGUUCAUUGAGUAUUGUUGGUGUUUUCUUCAAUGUUUACUGCAUCUUUUUAGGUUCAGGUCACUGUUAACACUCUAAACACUGCUUGAACAUGUUUUAUACACUUGGAUUGUUGGUUUAAUGGCUUGACUUGUUGGUAAAAUGGUUCUCUCACAAAUGUUGUAUAGUUCAGCUGCAUUCAGUCCAUUUAAUGAAAAAAGGGCAUUCACCGGAAGUGCUUUAAUCAUUGAUGACUAACAUUUUCACUAAACUACAAAAAUUAAUCACGUUAAAAUAGCUUGUUUCAUUUGUGAAGAAUGUGAAAUGGGCAUUUAUUCUGAGUUUUCUGGCCAUUUUCCUCCUGUCUUUUUAGAAUUGCAAUGUCUCAAUUUAUUUUUGAAAAAAAAAAAAAUGGUUUGAUUAUGAGAUGAAUAUGAGAUGACCUGCCAAAUUUGCAAACAUUACAUAACUUUUUAAGCAGUGGUGUUGAAACUAUUCUGGCUUCUGGAAAGCCAAGAAGCUGUUUUGAAAUAAAAAUCAGCCAAACAUUUGUUUCACCUA